GCCGCUAUCGAAAUCAAUCGCGAAAUCGACCCCUCCGCUCCGUGCCUGAAGGGACCCGACCCAAAGCCCGCGCCGCGAUUCCCAACUCCGCGACCCUUCCCCGUUCCCCGCCGUCCGUCUGGUAACAAUUCACGACACAUCCCCAGCCAGAGUUUUGCUUGGUACCCUCGGCCAGCCCCGAUCCCAUCGCCAAAAUGUGUUCUCCCACCACCACCCCCGAAAACAACAACGACCACCUAGUCCAAUCCUCCGACCCGAACCACCCCGCCAACCUCAUCCCCGCCCUCUGCGCCAAGUUCUGGACUCUCGGCUGGGUGACCGGCACAGGCGGCGGCGCCUCCAUCCGAUCCGAUGACCUCGUCUACCUCGCCCCCUCGGGCGUCCAAAAGGAGCUCAUGAAGCCCGACGACAUCUACGUCCUGUCCUUAGCCGCCCAGGCACAAUCGCUCGACAAGCGCCAACGCGUCUACCUCCGCUCGCCAGCCAACUACAAGCCCUCGCAGUGCACGCCCUUGUUUCUGGCGGCGUUCACCAAGCGCAAUGCGGGCUGUUGUAUCCAUACGCACUCGCAUUGGGCGGUGCUGGUUACGUUGAUUCUGGAGACGCAGGGCGCGGGCAAGGACAAGGAGUUUAUGAUCAACAAUAUUGAGCAGAUCAAGGGGUUCGGAAAGGGGUUUGGCAAGAGUGGGAAUUUGGGAUAUCAUGAUACGUUGAAGAUCCCGGUGAUUGAGAAUACGGCGCAUGAGGAGGACUUGACGGAGUUUUUGGAGGAGGCUAUGGAUAAGUACCCGGAUACGUAUGCGGUGUUGGUGAGGAGGCAUGGUGUCUAUGUGUGGGGGGAGAAUGUGCACAAGGCCAAGACCAUGUGCGAGAGCUUGGACUACCUCUUCCAACUGGCCGUCGAGAUGAAGAAGCUCGGUCUUCCUUGGGUAACCGAUAUCGAGCCUACCGUUCCUACGAGGAAGUAAACAACAACCUAGUGAUACCAAAAAACCAAAGAAGCAAAAAACACUCGAUCAAACCCAUACACAAGUUCAGCUCAGAUGUGUAUCCACAAAGUAAUUCAAACCGCUGUGCUUUAUAUACUACAAUACCGCUCGUCACCACUUCCUUUCAACUUUUAUCCCAAGUUUCCAAGGAAGGUGAUAUCAAACACAGACAGACCCAAACCGCCGCAGAUGCAGCAAGAAACCCCAUUAAAUCCAUCAGUCAUCCAUCCCGAGCCAUCAUCAUCAUGCAUCCAAACCAUAUAUAACCAUCAAUCCAUAGCCAUAACAAUCCCAUCCGCUCAUUCCAUCGUGUCAGCCCAUAGCCAUA